AUGGCGUUCGCUAGCGUUGGAGCCUCGGACUACCAUGGCUACAAGUUUUUGGACGUGAUGUGCCUGACGACGAUGCUGGACGAAUACAAGCUCAGAUACCUCAAUCGCUUACUUGAAAAGUUUCAAAUCAAUCCGCCUAACUCACGAGGCAUCUCCGGUUACCUCCGGGGGCUUGUGAAGGUGUUUGAGUUGAACUUAUCGCUCGCCCAUAAAAUGGCGGCGUUAGACCUUGUGCCCUAUCUUGUCAAAGAUGGACCGGCUAGUAGCCUUCAAUCGAGAUUGAAGUUACGUCUUAUCACCCAGAUUGCACAACAAAGAGGUCCUGUCGUUCGUGGAGCCGCCGAGGUAUUGGCGACCCUCUGGGAUGACGGCAUUCGCGAGUGUAAGAUGGUGUUGAUGGACGAAACACUCGAAGUGUCGGCGUACAUUGCUAAUGCGCUUUUGCCGCGUAUUUUGGAUGGGACCUUGAUAGUGGCGCUGGGCGCCACUACCACCCGCGUCGGCCACAUUUUGACGGUGGCCCUGACUUUGACUCAGCUGACCCCGGCGGAAUUGUUGGAGCAACACGGUGGCAAGUUAGUCCAUGCGGAGAAGGAAGCCAUUCAAGAGGUAUUGCCUUUGUGUGUGGCGGCAACGGCACAACCCAACGUUCCUCUUAACACCAACGAGUCAGCGGAAUCAGCUGGUGCUUCUACGGAACAAUCUUCCUCAUCAGUGGCUCCUCCGAAUGCUCCAGGCUAUAAUUUUGGCGCCGUCUUGGCCGUGCCGUUUGGUGAUCCCGGUUAUCGGUUCGGAGCCGUGCCAUCGCCUUUGGACUCUACCCCACGCCAAGUAGCCAAUGAUGAAAGCAAUGUGGAAGCGUCGCCUCCCAAUCCGUCUAAUCCCGCUGGUGAAGGCGAAGAUUGCGCCCAGGGUCUCAAGAGAAGUGCGUCAACGGGGGAUCUUACCCAACGCAAGGUUAAGCGGGCCCUCGACCGAGUUGGCGGCGUCCUUCGAGACUUCCAGAACCGUGUCCACACGGAAAACUUCAAGUACUACAUGAUGGACCGCCCCCCAGCGAGCUCUGAUACCCCUACUGUGGAAUCGACUAGUGCCCCGCCAGAGGCAGAACCAUCCACGUAG